AUGAAGUGCUACAGUAGUCUACUGUUAAUAUGUUUUAUACAAAAUACACUCGCUGUAAAAGUCAAAGUUAUAAUGCAUUCCGAACAAGAAGAUUCCAAAAUGGAGGAAGAAGAUGGUCCACACACAGAAAGUUGGGAUUAUAAGAAAAAAAUUGAAAUAACUAUGUUACCUUUUCUGAAGAAAGCUCACAGGCAUGCUCUAGAAAAGCAGAUCGAGUACGAGGAGGAGAGACCUACUACAGAGAAGCCGAGAACGAUCCAUCCCAACGAAAUGAUAUUUCCCUUAAUAUAUCGCCAAAGUCAUAUAAAUAGUAUGUUUAAAUUUGGUGAGAACUGGUACACUUGGUCCACGGAAAAGAGGACAGAUGGGUCGAAGGCAGUUAACUAUUAUCUUUGUUACGACGAGCCGAAACACUGUGAUGAAGUCGGAUGGGAGCGUACAGAUGUACUACCAAAAUGCGCAUUUCAAAUAGAUUCCCUGAUGCCAGACGACCGCGCUUGCUUGAAUAGUUUUGGUGUUGAGCCUCACACUAACGGGGUUUGCGACGGAGGUGAACAAAUGAAGGUUAGCGACAUGGUACGAGCGUGUGGUUCACGGAUACGUUCGUUGUGGCGGUUCUUACGCGUGGGACAAAGGCCUGCCAACGCAGCCAAACCAGCUGAUGUCAACUCUCUUAUAUGUGAAGAUGAAGAGGAAUGCUAUAUCACUAUUGAAUAUAGAAUACAUCACGAUAGGAUUACAUUUUCUCUUCACGAGCCAAGCCGAGGACAAACAUUCAAAAGUGCUUUAAAACGAGAAGUGCCAACAGAAGACGAAAACAAAGUGUCAGUGGUGACGGACACUCGUACGCGUGUCGCACACAAAUUGAAAAAAACACGCGAAGUUGAUCAAAACCCACGUAAAAAGUACCGUUUGAGGUCUAGAAAUAAAGUUGCUGAAGGGAAAGGAAUUGUGAAGGAACGAAAUGACUCCGGGUAUGGGAGGAGAAUUAUAAAAAACAAAAUUAAAGUAAAGGAAGAUAUAUCGGAAGAUAUUUCUGACAAGUGA